CCUCCAUUGCAUUUUCACAUUCAACAAACCACCCAUUAUUAUGUUCCCUUAAUAAAUUUCACACUGAAAAACCCUCCUCCCCAUAACCAAAAGGAAGUUUCCUCCACACAAAAAAUAUCCUCAAACUAUGAGCUUCUAUAAAUCUACUUAAAAAAAACCCCAAAAUCCAAGGAUCUCCAGCCAAUCAAAUCACCAUGUUGCAUCUUUUACUACCCACCCACUUGCAUUGCAUUUCUUCAAUGAAAACCUUUUGUUCUUUCUGAGACAAAGGGAGAAGACACUUCACAACAUAAAUACAAUUAUCAUUCUUAAUCCCAAACCCCAUCUUCUUCUUCUUCAUUCACAUUUUCUCAGAAUGUCCCAAAUCCCUACCCCACUCUCUCUCCAUGAUGCAAUUAUCAUUCUUUAAAUCUUGAAACCUUUUUCCCUGUAAAACUAUAAACCCAAAAGAGGGCCAGCACCUCCAACCCAUUCCUCCAAGAAACAAGAAGAUUCCCACGCACAAAUAUUUCCUUUUCUUUUUAUUUUAAAGGAAAAAAAAAAAAAACAACAACUCACCAAGCCUCCCUUUUUAUUUUUUCCUGUUCUCUCCAUCACUUUCCCCAUCUCACAAACAAACAGAACCAUAUCAAACCAAACCACCAUUAUAACACUCACGAGUAAACCCUAGACACUCAACAAUUUGGGGGAACCUCGAACCCAAUCCCAGAAACCGAAAUCGGCCUCGCAAUUCGACGAAACCGAGGAAGAGAAAUCGUGGGCACCCUUCAAAAUCCGACAUUUCCCCGAGAAAAUGUCCCAGCUGAAGCAAAUGUCGCACAUAGACAGUGCCCCUUCGACCCCAGGGAAGUUCAAGAUGGAGAAAGCCUCGUACUUCAACCGCGUGCGGUGGCACAUGUCGCUGGCGAAGCUCGCCGUGUGGUCCUUCGUCUUCUUGGCCGCAAUCUUGAUCUUCUUUUUCCGGUCUCCGGCGUCGUCUCCGGCGGCGGCGGACCUCUCUCGGCGGUCCCUGAGGAACUACAACUGGGGCGGUCCCGUCUGGGAGAAACGGGUCCGAGCAUCCGCCCAGAUCCGUUCCCGAAACGGGUACGCCGUGUUGGUCACCGGAGCCGCCGGCUUCGUCGGCACCCAUGUCUCGGCGGCGUUAAAGCGCCGCGGUGACGGGGUGCUGGGAAUUGACAAUUUCAAUGACUAUUACGACCCUUCGCUGAAGCGUGCACGCCAGUCACUUCUAGAGCGCACUGGCGUGUACGUGGUGGAGGGUGAUAUCAAUGAUGAAGCACUCUUGAGAAAGCUUUUCGAGGUUGUGCCUUUCACUCAUGUGAUGCACUUGGCUGCUCAGGCUGGUGUGAGGUAUGCUAUGGAGAAUCCUGGAUCUUAUGUGCAUAGUAACAUUGCUGGUUUUGUGAAUUUGCUUGAGGUUUGUAAGAGUGUGAAUCCCCAACCUGCUAUUGUUUGGGCCUCUAGUAGCUCAGUUUAUGGACUUAACACUAAGGUUCCAUUUUCUGAGAGGGAUAGGACUGAUCAGCCUGCUAGUUUGUAUGCUGCCACUAAGAAGGCUGGUGAGGAGAUUGCUCACACUUAUAACCAUAUAUAUGGCCUUUCAUUGACUGGAUUGAGAUUCUUCACUGUUUAUGGCCCUUGGGGUAGGCCUGAUAUGGCUUACUUCUUCUUCACUAGGGAUAUUUUGAAGGGGAAGGCCAUCUCCAUAUUUGAGGCUGCCAAUCAUGGCACUGUUGCAAGGGAUUUUACUUACAUUGAUGAUAUUGUGAGGGGAUGCUUGGGGGCUUUGGAUACGGCAGAGAAGAGCACAGGGAGUGGAGGGAAGAAGAGGGGGCCGGCGCAGUUGAGGGUGUUCAAUUUGGGGAAUACUUCGCCCGUGCCGGUUAGCGAUCUGGUGAGCAUUUUGGAGAGGCUGUUGAAGGUUAAGGCCAAGAGGAACAUAAUGAAGUUGCCACGGAAUGGGGAUGUGCAGUUUACUCAUGCCAAUAUUAGCUAUGCGCAGAGGGAGCUUGGGUACAAGCCCACCACGGAUCUGCAGAGUGGUUUGAAGAAAUUCGUGCGGUGGUACCUGAAUUACUAUUCUGGCGGGAAGAAGGCUGUUGAGUGACUGAUUCUUUUAAUCAUGUGAUGCGAUAUUGUCUUUGAAUUCUUGUUCAUUAUGAUUCUUGUGAUUGUUCCUUAGCAUUUCUCUGUGUUCGUUGUACGAUCACCGUGUUUCAUGUGUCAAGGAUGAUGCCAUAUUAGGAGGAAAAGUAGGAACGUUGUUUCCUGCACUGAGGAAGUUUUGUUGUUGGUGGAGAUUAAUGCCUAGGCACCGAUUUGCUGUGUCCAAGAAAACCAAAUACAUCAUAUUCUCUUUUAUUUUUUUUCUUUUCUGAAUGUAAUUGCUGUAGUUUUAGAAAUGUAGCAUUCAUGACUGAUAGAGCAUAUGCUGAUUGGUGGCAGUGUAUAAUAAUUGUUAAGAGAAUUUAGUAAAAUCACAAUAGUUUGAUUUCCAGUUUUCGGACUGAAUGAAUCAAUAAGACAUGUAUUUUAUUUUCUUAUGUAAUUUUUCACCUAUAAAUGGACUCCUGUAUUAAUAA